AGGGGUGGUGAUUACACUUUGACAAACGUUUCCAGACACCAAAGAGGAAAAGGUCGCAGCCACGAUGCUCGCAGGUUUCGUCUUUCUGUUCCUCAUCUCAGGUGGGAGUACCUCCAAUAUUUCGGUACAAACCGAGCUUCAUGGUGAUCAACCGAACUCCAACUAUGACAAUGAUGAAGGGCUCAACAUCUCAACGGCAGACAUCUUAAAACCACCAGAGCUCAAUGGAAGUACCAACCAGCACUCAAAAUAUCCCCAGCUUCAACAGAGGAACUAUACAAACCGGAAUGAUGCUACCACGACUGUCAUAAAUCAAAAAGAUGUGAGAAACCCCAGCGUGAGAUGCUCCCAUCGGGAUGUCUAUAAGUACUUGAACCUGGUGAAGGACAACGUCAACUCCAAGAUCCGGCCUUCUUAUUAUCGAUCACCCACCAGGGUAAAACUAGAAAUGCUGCUCUACGCCAUUCUAGAUGUGAACGAAAAGAAACAGCAAUUUGUUUCCCACAUUUGGGUUUUUUCGAGGUGGUACGACCUCCAAAUUUAUUGGAAUCCUCAAGAUUUCUGCGGUAUUUGGAAGAUUUAUCCCCCUUCGGAUGUAUUUUGGACGCCAGAUCUAACAAUCGAAGAGAUGAUAAACGCUGAUAAGCUCCCUGUGAGUCCUUAUCUCCUUCUUGACUACGAUGGAGAGGUCUUCCUUCGGAGCAACAUGGUGGUGGUCAGCAGUUGCAGGAUGGAAGUUUACAAAUUUCCCUUUGACGUCCAGAACUGCAGACUGACUUUCAAGUCCAUUGUACACUCAUAUAUCGAUCUGCAGCUUCACAAUUCGGCUGACAGCAAAUGGAAUAUGGACUGGUCUCUUGAUAAGAUGACCCAGUCCGAGUGGCUGUUUGUCAACAUGAACAUCAGCGAGGAAAUAGUCAACAAUUUUGAUCUAGAACAAACAGUACUUGUUUACACUAUCACCAUGAAGCGGCGGUCUGCCCUCUACAUCGCCAACUUCCUGCUCCCCAUCAUGUUCUUCUUGUGUCUGGACUUGGCCUCCUUCCUGAUCUCAGACCGCGGGGGCGAGAAGCUCGGCUUCAAGGUCACCGUGCUGCUCGCCGUCACUGUGAUGCAGCUGAUCCUCAACGAGAUCCUGCCCGCCUCUUCAGACAGGAUCCCUCUCAUAGCGGUCUACUGCAUUGGGAUUUUUGGUUUGAUGAUGCUGAGCCUGCUGGAGACAAUGUUGAUGAUGUAUCUAUUAGCAAAAGACUCUGCAUCCGAAGCAAACUGGGCAGAUGAAGACCAGAGCCGCAAUUUUAAGAAAAUGACGUCUGCUGAUGAAACUCCAUCCGAACAACUGGCAGUCUCCAAAGAAGGCGACAGCAGCAAACUGACUGUGGAGUCCAUUGCUUUGGAGAACAUCUCAGAUGAGCUGAGGGAUGUGGAGAAAACGCUGACUCGGGUCCUUAACGCCAGGAAGGAAGGAAAUAACUACUGGACCAGGGUGGCUCAAAAAAUCAACAUAGUUUUCAUUGUUUUCUACGUCAUAAGUGUCAUCGCGUUUUUGACUUUUCUCUUUUUACUGUGGAACAAACCAGAUGACGUGUAGUGCUCCCCGAAUUAGUCAAAUUAACAGGGGCAUCCAUUGCACAGCUGCCAUUAUAAACUGAUUACUAAUAUUAUCAUUGAUUUCUUAAGCUGGGCAGACAUUGCAAAUCGGUAGUGUUUGAUGUAUUUGAUUUGAUUUUACUAUUUGUAUAUCAAUACUUAAUCACCACGUUUUCAUCAUUACAUUCUGGUUGUUGAUUGGCAUAAAGCACAGGGGACGACGUCCUACCUUUGGGUGUAAUUUACUUUUUUUUAGCCAAUCACAUAUGGACAUUACAAAAGUGAGGUUCACUUUGAGAGGUCUCGCCAGGAGGAGCCCUUGCUCCUCUGUCCUUAACCACUUUGCUUCCUAUGCUGUACAUGUUGAAUCCUCUAAAUCAAUUUUAAUUAUUUAUGUUCUUUAUGGAUUAUCCUGGGAUUUGGUAAUGUUCUACUACAAUCAAUUACUCUUUUAUGUAUU